UACUUUCUUCGUGGCCUUCACGGAGAGAUCAAAGGAAAAACUAACGAAUAACUUAUAUUUAAUAUAUAUAUAUAUAUACAUAUAAUAAUAUAUAUAUAUACAUAUAUAUAAUAUUAUUAUUGUGAUCGUGUAUCGAUGUAAAAGGAACGUAAUAAUUAAAAGAAGAAAAAAAGAAAAAAGAAAAAAGAACAAAAUUACAACGAACGAAACGAGCCAACAAAAAAUUGACAAGUGUCAAUCAAAAUCUUUCUAAAGCGAUUCGUCUUUAGAAAGACGAAUUGUCUGUCGUGAGAAUCGAAAAAAAAAAAAACAACAACAAAAACUUUCGUCGACCGAACGAAAAGAAAAGGAAAGGAAAGACAAAAAAAGAGAAAAAGACAGGAAGAAAGAGAGAGAGAGAGAAAGAGAUAGAUCAAAAUAAAAUUCAUCUGGUUGACAUCAAUACAUUCGAUAAACUUCGACGUAAGACAAUUUAUUUAACGUUGGAUGAAGAAUUUUAAUUGAUAUUCGGUUGAAUUAGUAAUAAUUCACAAUGGGAAGGAAUAUAAUCCGUUCGUUGCUUCUUCUUGCUAUAAUAUUACCGUGCAUCAUCGUUGCUAACGUUGAUCAACGUCUCGUCGUUAAAAGAAACGCUGCCGACAACGACCCGUCUGCCAAUCUCGAUUAUCCCGAUUAUCCUGCAAAAUACGACGAGUAUCCGGUUGUGGUGCCAAAAAGAGCAGCUCUUUUGUUCGAUCAAUUGAUGAUAGCCUUGCAAAAGGUUGUUGAUAAUCAAGGAAGAGCAGAGAUAGGAAGCGGCAAGGCUUUAACAAGAUCAGCUCCACCGAUUCAAGUUGCCAAUUCACAGAUGGUACCUUCGGCUGACGAACAAACGAUGGAUCUUCAACGACGUGGACAGGCUAAGGGUCGCGUUUAUUGGCGAUGCUACUUCAAUGCCGUGACAUGCUUCAAGAAGAAGUGAUAAAAAGUAUCCUGAAUCAGGCCACUAUUUUCAAUCGAUUUAUCAAUUGCUAAACUAAGUUCUCUUAUCUCAAUUAUUCCUAUGCUUCAACUGAUGAAAAAUUGCACCGUUUUAAGAAGUCGAAGAAUUCAAUUUCUUCCCAAUUCAAUUUUGUGUCCACAUCCUAAUCUAUUUCAUUCUCUUUUUCUUGCGUGUAUAUAAUCGUUUUUUGUGAUUUAAAAAAAAAAAAAAAAAAAAAAAAAAAAAAAAAAAAAAAAUCAAUGUAUCAGACCAAACUAAUUGGCUAAAUCAAAAUCAAAUUAUUCCGGCAAUCAUGAUAUAAUUUAUUAUUGUCAUUACCUCUAAACGUUUUCAAUUAUCAAUUUUAUUCCUAAUUUCUGAUCAACGAUCGACAACUUUUUCCAUGGCUGAUGUUGGAUAAUGAUUAACAGCAACAAAUACAUUAUCUAUAAGAACAAAUACGAUUUUUCAUCGAUACAAAAUCGCGAUAAAUAAAUGUUUUUAAUCUCGACUGUGCUCUCGAGUUCCUUGACAAAAUCGAAGAAUAUUUUUAUUGAUACGCUUCGCGUUACUUAUCAAUCGCAUUUUAUGCAAUCUUAAAUCUCAAACAAUUUUCUCUUCAAGGUAAGAUCGAAAAUGAACGUACGACGAAGCUUCUAAAAAAAUAAUGAAUAUUAAUGAAAAAAAAGAAUAAAAAUUGUGCCUCACUGUAAAAGCAUUGAUAUAUUAAAACUUAAUUGAUGAAAGGUAAGCUAUAAAUUAAUUUAAUUUACGUAUUUCCAUAAUGUGAUCGUUUGAAAGACCAUUUAGAUUUUUAUCUAAUUUUUUUAUCUAAUUUUUUUAUCUAACUGAUUUUAUCCAAUUGAUUUUAUUCUCUCUAGUUUUUUUUUUUUUUUUUUAUCUUGAUUUUGACUAAGUGUCGUGUAUUUUGAAUUGCUAGAUAACAUCCAUUAAAAUUAUUAAGAAUUAUAUUUGCUAUAUGUCAUAAUUAUAAAAUGAUGCGGUAUUAAAUAAAGUUUAAUUAUUGAAAUAAUUUUUCUAUCUAUCCGUUUAAAAGGACUUGCCCUUGUUCUUAUAUCGUACAUAAAUUAUUAUUGAUAUCGAUAAUUCAAAAAUACAACAUAAAUGUACAUACAUUUUUCCCAUUUAAAAAAUAUUUAAUAUGAAUACUUUCAAGAAUUAACAUUUGAGUUUGUUACUUCGGAUAAUCUUUCAAGGCAUAUUAUUAAUUCACAAUGUUUCGUAUGAGGAAACAUAUCCACGGCAAUAGCUUUUAUCGGUACAAAAGGUUCUCCGUAAUAUUGUUUCGAUCUUGGUCUUGAGAGAUCUAUCAAAUUUCUCAUAGCUGCUCGAGGGUCACAAGAUAUAUAAACUAAUCUUGUCAAUUUUCUCGUUUUACGUAACGUUAAUAAUGUUUUUUGAUCUAAAAAUAAAUAUGUGUAAAGUUAUUUAAAUAUAUUACUCUAUAUCUAUGCUUA